GAUUCCCUUAUCAGUUGGGUCCUUACCGCUGCUCUGCAACUCAGAAGGACCACUGAGGAGACCACAUUGAGAAAAGGAUGACCCUAAGCAGAGUUCUGAUUCUGGGGACUCUUGCCCUGACCACCAUAAUGAGCCCUGGUGGCAGUGAAGACAUUGUGGCUGACCAUGUUGGUUCCUAUAACAUAGACGUCUACCAGUCCUAUGGUCCCUCUGGCCAGUCCACUCAAGAAUUUGAUGGAGAUGAGGAAUUCUAUGUGGACUUGGAGAAGAAGGAAACUGUCUGGCGGCUGCCUGUGUUUAGUACAUUUGCAAGUUUUGACCCACAAGGUUCACUGAGAAACUUGGCAAUAGCAAAACAAAACUUGAACAUCCUGACUAAACGGUCCAACUAUACCGCUGCUACCAAUGAGGUUCCUGAGGUGACAGUGUUUCCCAAGUCUCCUGUGAGUCUGGGUCAGCCCAACACCCUCAUCUGUCUUGUGGACAACAUCUUUCCUCCUGUGAUCAAUGUCACGUGGUUGAAGAACAGGCACUCAGUCACAGAAGGUGUUUCUGAAACCAGAUUCAUCGCCAGGAAGGAUCAUUCUUUCCUAAAGUUCAGUUACCUCACCUUCCUCCCUUCUGCUGAUGAUAUUUAUGACUGCAAGGUGGAGCACUGGGGCCUGGAUGAACCACUUCUGAAACACUGGGAACCUGAAAUUCCAGCCCCUAUGUCAGAGCUGACAGAGACAGUGGUCUGUGCCCUGGGGUUGUCUGUGGGCCUUGUGGGCAUUGUGGUGGGCACCGUCUUCAUUAUCCAAGGCCUGCGCUCAAGUGGUGCUUCCAGACAUCAAGGACCCUUGUGAGCCGCACCCUAGGAAGGAAGGAGCACCGCAUGCCCACUGACCAGAGCAGAAGAGUGGACUUGAUAGGUGACCUAGCACUAUUGCCUGGCUGAGUUCGUCAUAUUCCUUCUCUGUCCAACGUUACCCCUCUCACCUCUUCUCUAGGAUUUAAGGUCCAGCUACAUCCUCUGAGAGCUCACAUAUCCUUUGGAAUUCUGCACCUUGAAUGGCUGAUUUUUUUUUUCUUUUCUCAGUUUUUACUUACUGUGAGAUCUCUGGGAUAUUCCACCCAGUUACCUGAUUCUUUGUAACCCUGAUCCAGAACUCCCAUGGAAAUAAUAAAUUUCCCUUUAUGAAGUCUUCUAAUAAAAUUUUCCUUUCUUUCAUCUCA